CUGAUGAAACACUCUUCGACGCCUCAGCUCUUCUGGCUGCCUCUUCAUGAAAACACAGACAAAACUGUACCUGGUACAUGAAAACUCUGAUAUGCAAGAUUUAGGCUGAUAACUUGGUUCAAGUUGUUACACUCACCAAUCCAGACUUGAUUAAAGCAUCUUUGCCAUCCGAGAAUCUGAGUACUGUAAGGUUGGGUUUUGCUUCAAAUAUUGUAGGAGUAAUCUUGCAUGCAUGGUAAAGAGAUAAAAUCACUUGCCUAUUAACUUAAGUACUAAUGAUGAGAUUAAGCUGCCAAGAUGUUUGCUCAAUCUCUGGCAUCUGGAAAAGCCAAUGAUGCUGCUCAGCAAUGGAUGCUAUCAAUUAGCUAGUGAACACUUCUAUAUGACUGGUGUAGGCUCAAGAAAUAUCAUGCUCAAAUUAUGGUAUAUUGCUCUCCAUCAAAGAUAAAAAAAGACAAUGCUCUCUGAUGUAGUUCCCACGUACAAGUUGGAAACCUAUAAUAGGACUCCUAAACAAGUCAGGACACAUGGGGCCCAAAGAAACAAGCCCAAUUUUUAUUGGGUAUAAAAUACAUAAAAGCUCUGAGCAGAGGGGUUUUAGACAAUUCGGGGAAAAUUGCUCUGCCGGCCGUGGACCAUUGAACUUUGGUGAAGCAGAGGCUGCUGCAAUGGGAAAAAAGAAGACAGAUGAAGCUGGUGCAACCAAGAAGGGUAAGUCAGCUGGAAAAGAUGGGAAGAAAGUGAAAGCACCAACAGUCUCCUCCAUGUUGGCCAACAUGGACCAGAAACCUGAAAAUCCCAAGAAUGCAUCUUCCUCCAGUGCAAAGGCGAAAUGCGCUUCACAACUUGCGUCCUAUAUUAAUGAUAUUGAUCUCCCCCCCUCUGAUGAUGAGGUGGAAGAGGAACAACAACCCAAUCAGCAAAGGAGGUCAGAGGCUAAGACGCUUGAUAUAACCUUGACAGAGAAGGAGUUAAAAAAGCGUGAAAAGAAGGACCUUCUUUCUGCCCAUGCCGCCGAGCUGUCAAAGAAGGAGGCCCUGAGAGAUGACCAUGAUGCUUUCACUGUUAUUAUUGGAAGCAGGGUUUCAGUACUUGAAGGUGAAGAUGCAGAUGCUAAUAUCAAGGAUAUAUCAAUAGAAAGUUUUUCUGUGGCGGCUAGAGGAAAGGAGCUACUAAAGAAUGCAUCAGUGAAGAUAUCUCAUGGGAAGAGAUAUGGUCUGGUUGGUCCAAAUGGGAUGGGGAAGUCUACCCUCCUGAAGCUUCUUGCUUGGAGGAAGAUUCCAGUACCCAAAAACAUUGAUGUUCUUUUAGUUGAACAAGAGGUAGUUGGUGAUGAUAGAAGUGCUCUUGAAGCAGUUGUUUCAGCUAAUGAACAACUUGUUAAGCUCCGGGAAGAGGUUGCGGCAUUGCAAAAUUCAGAGGAAGAGGACAGUCAUGAUGAUGAAGGAGAGAAGCUUGCUGAGUUGUACGAUCACUUGCAGCUGAUGGGAUCGGAUGCUGCUGAAGCCCAGGCUUCAAAGAUUCUUGCCGGUUUGGGCUUUACAAAGGAUAUGCAAGGCCGUCCUACAAAGUCAUUUAGUGGUGGUUGGAGAAUGAGAAUUUCAUUAGCUAGGGCACUUUUUGUGCAGCCAACUCUUUUGUUGCUUGAUGAACCAACAAACCAUCUCGACUUGAGGGCUGUUCUUUGGUUGGAGGACUACUUGUGCCGCUGGAAAAAAACUUUGGUGGUUGUCUCACAUGAUCGUGAUUUCCUUAACACAGUGUGCACAGAGAUUAUUCAUCUGCAUGAUCUGAAGCUCCACCACUACCGUGGAAAUUUUGAUGAUUUUGUAAAAGGGUAUGAGCAGCGCCGCAAAGAGGUAAACAAAACUUUUGAGAUUUAUGAUAAGCAGAAGAAAGCUGCCAGAAGGAGCGGAAGUCGGGUUCAACAGGAGAAGGUCAAGGACCGAGCAAAGUUGUUAGUUACUAAGGGCAAAGGAAAGGUUGACGAGGAUGACACCCAAGUUGAGGCUCCUAAGAAGUGGAGGGAUUACAGUGUGGAGUUCCACUUUCCUGAACCUACUGAGCUUACACCUCCACUCCUGCAACUUAUUGAUGUCAGUUUCAGUUAUCCGAACCGGGAAGAUUUCAGGCUGUCUGAUGUUGAUGUCGGUAUUGAUAUGGGUACUCGUGUUGCCAUUGUUGGACCUAAUGGAGCCGGAAAGUCUACUCUGCUCAACCUUCUUGCUGGUGAUUUGGUUCCUACUGAGGGUGAAGUUAGGAGGAGUCAGAAGUUGAGGAUUGGUAGGUAUUCACAGCACUUUGUGGACCUCCUGACAAUGGACGAAACCCCAGUUUCAUACCUUCUUCGUCUUCAUCCUGACCAAGAGGGAUUUAGCAAGCAGGAGGCUGUGCGUGCAAAACUUGGAAAGUACGGACUCCCUAGCCAUAACCAUUUGACUCCUAUUGCAAAAUUAUCCGGAGGACAGAAAGCUCGAGUUGUCUUCACAUCGAUAUCCAUGUCAAAACCCCACAUUCUGCUUUUGGAUGAACCGACGAAUCAUUUAGAUAUGCAGAGCAUUGAUGCACUGGCUGAUGCACUUGAUGAAUUCACCGGUGGGGUUGUACUGGUCAGUCAUGACUCUAGACUUAUAUCAAGUGUGUGCAAGGAUGAAGAGAAGAGUCAAAUUUGGAUCGUUGAAGAUGGUUCUGUGGUGAAAUUUGAUGGAAGUUUUAAUGAGUACAAGGACGAGCUACAAAAAGAGAUUAGAGCAGAGGUUGAUGAGUAAGGUUUGCAUUAUUUUUUUUUAAGAAUGUAAAAUUUUGCAUUGAAUGGUGAUGGUUAGAGGGUUGCGGUCUUCUGUUUUAAGGGCUUAGCAACUUGCAAUUUGAUCUGUUUGACGUAUCAGCAUUUUAUCUGUGUUGGUUCUUUCAAAUAAAUAGGGAUGUAGUGCUACUGAACUAUUUAGUUUGUUGUGAAUACUAGAAACUGGGUGAGCUUUUAGUUUAUAUAUGAAACGUUUUCUUCUAUCCGGUUACUUAUAAAAGUCAACAUGCCUGGACUCUUUAGCCACAGCAAAUCAAGCAUUUCAGUUUACCAAGGCUCAUUAGGAAGGGAAUGUCGUUUCCCCGGGAACCUUGAGCUCUAGUUGUUACAUUAUCAAUGAAAAUACAACUAGUGUUGGGUGUGGCUAUUGCCAGCUUAUGAAAAACUCUUCGAUACCUCAGCUCUUCUGGCUGCCUCUUCAUGAUUCGACUUCUGUUGAAGGCUUGAAGCAUGUUUGCCAUCGGAGAUUUGGAGAACCCGAGUUGUACGUGUAAGGUUUCUUGAACAGUUGGUCGACGUGUCAUCUUGGAGGAGUAAUUUUGCGUGCAUGCUUCAGAAUUCUACAAAUCAUGUGAUUAAGCAGCUAAAAUGUGUGCUCAGUCUCUAGCCUGUGGAAAAGCCAGUGAUGCUGCUCAGCAAUCCAUGCUAGUCAAGCUACGUUGGUCUUAGCAAAACAGAGGAGAAAAAUAUGAACGUGCUAGGUGAUGACGAACUGGGCCUAAUCCUGAACCGGAUUACCGACCCGGAUGAUAGAAAAUCGGCCUCUCUAGUCUCCAAGCGAUGGUUGUUAAUGGAGGGUCUGACCCGAUCAUCACCCAAACUUCUCCCACGAUUUCUCUCAAGAUUUCCAAACUUGGACACAUUCAAAACGACCAAGUGUAUCAGCAACGCCAACCUAGUAUUGUUGGCACAAACAUGUCCCAAACUUGAGGUGAUCGACCUUACUACUGUGUCGAUCCGUAGACAAGUUGGGGACGAAGGCCUGUGCGCAUUGGCAAGUGGGUGUCCCGAAUACUGCUUCGCGGGAGACAUAAUGUUGGGGAGGUUGUACUUGUGUCCCUCAUUACUUCAGCAGCACUUAAUUUGACGCAUUUAGAUUUGGGGUUUUGUUCCUCGGUUUGUGACAAUGUGGUUGGAGCAAUUGGGUCCUCCAGUUGCUCGAUUACAGUUUUGAAUUUGGGAAAUUGCAAGUUGAUCACCGAUGCCGGAUUGCGGUUUUUGGCAAAUGGGUGUUGCUCGAAAACCAUGAAGACAUUGAUCCUUACCGGGUGAUUCCGGAGUCUCACUUUUGUACAAGAUGUCUGUUUUGGAGGAGCUGAAUUUGGAAGAAUGAUCACUGACGUUGGAGGUGUGGCAAUCUCCGCAAUUCCAACCCUCAAGAAAGUGCAAUUGGGUUCGCUCUACUCUGUGACAGACAACACAAUUGUUGCUCUUGCUCGGAAUUGCCUCAAUUUGGAGCUGCUUGAACUGAGGGUCUGAUUCAGAACGUUUGGCGCGGAAAUGCCCCGCAUUGAAGUCUGUUGUGGUGGAUGAAAGAUUGAGGAAUAGGAUGUGGCGUGUAAUGCGAGAUGGCACUAUUAGCAAAUUUCUGGAGUUCAUUUAGUGGUGAAACUCUGGAUUUCCUUCUUCUCUUUCAUCGGCUUAGCAACUUUGCAUAGUUUGAUGUUUUAGCAUUUUAUCUCUGUUAGUGCUACUGAACAAUUUAGUUUGUUAUAAGUUGCAGUUUAAUGCCAUUAUAACUGAAUCUCGUUAUGAUCUUCUUAGUUCAAUGCCAUUAUAACUGAAAUCCCGUUAUGGGAUGACCCUCUAUUGUUUGUUUGGAUUCCUUAGUCCUAGCUGAAAUCUCACAUGCAAAUUAUUAGUGUAGGGAUUUUUAUUGCCAAAGC